AUGCUGCUCCUUUCACUUGCUAGUUUUUUGAGCUUAGGCUUCGCCUCAACCCAGCUUGUCUUGCGCCCUGAGAACUCUGAUGGCUUCCGCGUGUUCCAGGGUAAGCAAAGCGACCACUCGAUCCGGAUUCGCCGGCAAGAUGAGUCAAUCUGCGCGGCCGGUUCAGCACAGUAUACGGGCUGGCUAGACAUUGGACCCAAACAUCUUUUCUUCUGGUACUUUGAGAGCCAGAACGAGCCUGCGAGUGACCCAUUGACGCUGUGGCUAACGGGUGGGCCUGGUGGGUCCAGUAUGCUUGGUCUCUUCGAGGAGAUCGGGCCCUGCCUUGUCAACGAACAUGGAAACGGCACCAAGUACAACCCCUGGGGUUGGUCUCGAAAUUCAUCGAUGUUGUUUGUUGAUCAGCCUGUAGAUGUUGGGUUCUCUUAUCAAGAUGAGGGAUAUGAUCUACCUGGUGAUUCGCCCACUGCUGCGGUCGAUAUGCAUCGCUUCCUUCAACUUUUUGUCUCCGAGGUGUUCCCUCAACAUUUGAACAAUCCGUUCCAUAUUUCUGGAGAAUCCUUUGCCGGAAAAUAUAUUCCAGCCCUCGGCUCGCAGAUCAUAAGACAAAACAAGCUUUACCCACACCAGCCACAGGUCCCACUGAAGUCGUGUUUGGUGGGGAAUGGCUACAUGUCCCCCAAAGAUGUGGCUUUUGGAUACUGGGAAACGCUAUGCACUACUAACCCGGGCGUUACAGAGCCCAUUUUUAACAAAACAAGGUGCGACAUUAUGGCAGCAAAUAUGCCGCGUUGUAUGGAGGUCAUGGACAUCUGCAUUAAAAACCCUGAUCCCGCAAUCUGCAACGCCGCGAUGACAGUCUGCAUAGAUGGGGUCAUCGGAUGGUAUGACAAUGAAUCAGCCUACAAGGGUGGCCGUAACCGAUUUGACAUUACUCGCCCCUGUGAAUACGAAGAUAUCUGCUAUAUCGAAGCCGCACGUGUUCAGACAUACCUCAAUACUCCAGCUGUCUGGCAGGCACUCUCGCCACCAAAGCAUAUCAAACACUUCAAUAUCACUUCCGAUUCAAUAUCCCGUGCCUUCGAAAAGACUUCGGACUUGGAGACAUCUACGGAUGAUGAGGUCAUAUAUCUUCUCCAAAAUGGCGUGCAUUACUUGGCAUAUCAGGGCAGACUUGAUCUUGCGUGUAAUACUGCUGGAAACCUCCGCUGGGCCAAUUCGUUAAUUUGGAAGGGGCAGCCUGAGUUUUCGGCCAAGCCAUUGCAGCCAUGGAAGUCCGUCGUUUCGGCAACGGGUAAGAGUGAGACCGUUGGAACUAUGAAGGAGGUUUGGGUUCGUACAAGUGAUACGUCGGAGACAGAUGUACGAUUCGCUAUCGUAACUGUGAAUGGUGCUGGUCAUAUGGUUCCUCAAGAUCGACCUGAUGUGGGUUUAGAUUUGAUGACGCGGUGGAUUAACGGCUCCCCGUUUGUUUAG